AUGGCCGACAAGACUGCCCUGUCCAAUACUGAGCAUAUCGCGGGAGAAAAUGCGCUUAAGCACUAUGUGUUGACUGGUGGCUGGCGCAAUGCUCAUUUUAUUAAGGAACCUGAUCUUCCUAAGUCCAGUAUAAUCGACUAUUACUGUGAUUCCCUUGAGCGGAUCGCGAACUUCGCUAAGAAAUGGGGAACAAGUUUUCAUCGUUCACACAUGACUCCCAGCCUCUCUCAGCAUCAUUGUGUCCUGCAUGACAUGGAUGCUCGACAUCUGGACUUCAACAUCGAUCCAGAGGUCGGAAAGGAUGGUUGUAAGCCAUUAGAUCAGGAGGUUGAGUGA